AAACACUGCGCUUGCUGCAUUUCCAACAAUCUGACCGGAGCUCAAGGCUGUCAGCCAGUCCUGCCCAGAAGUGCCACUCUCAGAAGCAGGACUUGAUGAAGGAUUUCAAGCUGAUGGUAUGGAUUUGCUAAAAUUGGUCUUAGAAUUAAAACUCCCCAUGUGGCCUUUUUAAAUAUGCAUUUCAGACACAGAGUUAUAUGGAGAAGGUGAAAAUGCCUGGAAGAUUUCUGGUUUCUGUCACUACUUUUCCUGCCAUUUUGCAUCUCUGCCUCAUUUGGAUGAUGUGAUAUUCAGAGGGACACCUUAAUCAAAAUUGUUCUUCCACAAGACAUCUGGCCAAAGAUUGUAUACAGAAUUCAAGAUGGCUAGUCAACUGCCAGAAGAUGCCACAGACUCUCAAGUCUCCGAUGAGCUUGAAUGUAAGAUCUGUUAUAAUCGAUACAAUCUGAAACAGAGGAAACCCAAAGUGCUGGAGUGUUGUCACAGGGUUUGUGCCAAAUGCCUCUACAAGAUCAUAGACUUUGGGGACUCCACCCAAGGUGUCAUCGUCUGUCCUUUCUGUAGAUUUGAGACAUGCCUGCCAGAUGAUGAAGUUAGUAGCCUGCCUGAUGAUAACAACAUCCUUGUGAACUUGACUUGUGGAGGCAAAGGCAAGAAAUGCCUGCCAGAAAACCCCACUGAGCUGCUGCUGACCCCCAAGAGGCUGGCCUCUCUCGUCAGUCCUUCUCACACUUCUUCCAACUGUUUGGUUAUAACUAUCAUGGAGGUGCAGAGAGAGAGCUCCCCGUCUCUGAGCUCUACUCCUGUGGUAGAAUUUUAUAGGCCUACAAGUUUCGACUCAGUUACCACUGUGUCGCACAACUGGACUGUAUGGAACUGUACCUCUCUGCUAUUUCAGACAUCCAUCCGGGUGUUGGUUUGGUUGCUAGGUUUGCUGUACUUCAGCUCCUUACCCUUAGGGAUCUACUUGCUGGUCUCUAAGAAGGUCACCCUCGGGGUCAUCUUUGUCAGCCUCGUCCCUUCCAGCCUUGUUAUUCUGAUGGUGUAUGGUUUUUGCCAGUGUGUGUGUCAUGAAUUUCUAGAUUGUAUGGCACCUUCCUAAUCUAUAUGCAAACUAAGAAACUUUACACACAUUGUCAUGUUUCAGGUUAGGUGAUUUAUCAUUUAGUUUCUUUUAUAGUCUCAAUGAUUAGCAUUUAUAACAUUGACAAAGCCAUUGGCCAUAUGUCUGUGAU